AUGGUGCCUCUCAUCCAUCUACAUCUAUGAUUCUCGACAAAAUAGGCAUCUAGUAGCUCACAAAAAAGUUGGAAUUUAAAGAUCCAAAGAUUUGUUUUCCAGUAUCAUUUUGGAAUGAGAAAAAGGCAAUCAAAUCGAAACUAGGCAGAGAAAUAGAUCCUGGAAGGAAGCUUCUCUCCCUCCCCCCACCCGAUGGGGUUUCUGGCCGGCGAGGAUGCAGAGGGAUUGGGCGAUGGAGAGUUCUGGGUAGUAAUUUCGGGAAAAGGUUUUGUCACUUUUUAGCUAGGGACACGAUCCCUUAAAAGGACAGAGGAAAACUGAAAAAGCCCCUUUUCCAGGCUAUGCGGAUCACUAAUCCGAAAAGGAUAAAAAAGUCAUUUUGAGGAGUAAGCAGGAAGCUCUCUCGAUCGGUAUAUAUUUGUCUUACUUCCUUCCGUAUUUGAUAAGAGAAGAAAAAGCAAAACUGCUGAUAGCAGAGAGAGGAAGGAGAUGAGGGCAGAGUCGGAGAGAGAGGGAGAAAUGGAGGAUGGAGGUAUCUCGAUAUCACCAACACAAACACUUACUAAUAGGUCUUCUCUUAAAUCCCAUUCUCACUUCAAUAAUUACCACUUCUGGAAACACAAGCUUCGAGAGAACUGCUACAAGAGGGUCCGAGAGGACAGAACCCGCUUGCUUUGGAAAUCGCGAUUGCCCUCUAGCACUGCCUCACAUUCUCUCAAUCACAAUCAGAACCAAAAGGACUUAAUCAAAUCUAGUCUUCAGGACAUAGUUUCCGAUGAACUCAGAAAGAUAAAGGAUUCAUCAUUGAAUGACUGUUCUGAGUUUCUGACUUCUGCUCCUGAGGCCAAUGAUGUGUUAUGGGAAUAUGAUGGUCUUUGUAAUGCUUAUCAGGGUGAAUGUGAAGAGAUAUUGUUGGAAAUGCAAAGGAUCUUUUAUGAUGAUCUUGGGGUGGAGCCAACUAGAAAAGAACCUGAUAGCCAUGUUGAAACGUGGGAAGAGGAAGAAGAUGAAUACUUGGCCCGUGCAGUUUAUGAACAUAUGCAGCUGAAUGAUGAGCAGGUGUGUGAGAAGAUUUGGUGCCCCAUUUGUAAGCAAGGAGAGUUAUUAGAGAAUUACCUUCUUAUAUAUUGCAGUCUUUGCGAACUUAAACUCAACAAAGACAAUGAGGUAAGUCUGGAUUUGAUGCGAGUUCGGCUAGCAGAAGCUCAUGCAGAACAUCUUGAUCGGGGUUGUAGAUUGAAACCUAAGUUUUGCAUGGAGACAAGAUUUGAUUUAACUGCACUGUACAUUUGUUGUCCAAGUUGCAAUAUCUUCGAGGUUGUAAUGUAAUAUCUAUCUUCAUACUCGAUAAUUAUAAAAUUGAGUGUAUUCUUGA